AGUGUCUAGUGGUAACUUCCUCUCCAAUCUGAGCGCUGCAGAGAGAUGAAUCUUUGAUCGAUUGAUCGAGUCUGAGUAUUAUACCACACGGCGUGGAAACGAGCUCGUGGAACAUUUAGGAUUCAAAGUCACAGCUUACUGAAAAACAAACCUUAUUGCAGUCACCCAGAAGACGGACAUAUAGUUUAGUGUCAACAGUAACGUUACCAGAAUCUCCAAUUGAAAUGGCGAAUGACAACGCGAAACUCUCCAAAAACCUCUUGCGUAUGAAGUUCAUGCAAAGAGGCCUGGAUGCAGAUACAAAGAAGCAACUGGAAGAAGAGGAGAGGAGGAUCAUCAGUGAUGAGCAUUGGUAUCUGGACCUGCCAGAACUCAAAGCUAAAGAGAAUUUCAUCAUAGAAGAAAGAAGUUUUGGGCCUUGUGAAGACCUGAAGUAUGGACGAAUGUCAUUCAAGGGGUUCAAUACAGAAGUAGAGAAACUAAUGAUCAUCAUGAAUGCUCCAAAUGAGGAAGAGUUGGAAGAGGAGGAAAUUAGCAGAAUGGAGACUGAUAUCACAGAUGAAGACAUGGCUAGAAGGUACGAGAGCUUAGUGGGAAGCAUGAAGAAGAAGUUUGCUAAGAAGCGGGAGAGGUCUGCAAUUGAGGAUGUUAAUCAAAACGCAACUGAGACACACAAAAAAAUAGCUUUUUUGAAGCCUCAGGACUGAGGGCAUGCUUUUUUAUUUAAAUGAAGUAUGUCAGGACUGUACAAUGUUUUUAUGUGCAACAAUUUUUAUUUUAUUUUUACUGCUGUGUUUUCAUGAACCGUAGGUAACUUCCAAAGAUGUUAGACAUAUAUUUUAAAGUUGAAUGGAUGUUAUAUAUCCUCUUUUUAAAAGUACAUUUCUUCAAGAUGCAUUGAGAGUUAUGAACACAGGAAAUAAAGCCCACAUCCUUGUACCAUGGACCAGGGUAUAGUUUAAUUAAAACUGUUACCCGA